AUGGGGACCAAGAUCACUGAAACUCUUAAAGGGAAGCUGAUAUUGGGGGCUAGGAUCAUUCAAGUAGGAGGGGUGAAGAAAGUUUUCAGGCAGUUAUUUAUUGUUAGUGAAGGAGAAAGAUUGUUGAAAGUUUGCCAAUGUUAUUUGUCAACCACCGCUGGUCCUAUUGCAGGCCUCCUCUUCAUCUCUACUGAAAAGGUUGCCUUCUGCAGUGAGAGAUCAAUUAAGUUGAACUCCUCUCCGGAAGGGAAAUUUGUCAGAGUUCAUUAUAAGGUCGUGAUCCCAUUAAGAAAGAUAAAGACAACCAACGAGAGCAAGAAUGUGAAGAAGCCUUCCGAGAAGUACUUAGAAAUAGUCACGGUAGAUGAUUUUGAUUUCUGGUUUAUGGGUUUCUUCAACUAUCAGAAAGCUAUCAAGUCUCUUCAGGAGGCAAUAACUCAAGCUCGGAUGAAUACACAUCAUUCAACUCUUAUUUUUUAA